UUAAUUCAAGAACAGCAAAACCAGAAAUUGCCAAAAGCCAAAUCGAAAGUUCUUAUCGAGUUCAUCAGAAUCAAAAAGCAGUCUUACUUAGCUAUAGAUUCAGGAAUGGAACAAUUCAAUCUUCUCGAGGGCAGUGGUUCCUUUAAUGAUCCUACCAUACAGAGUGUUCACAGGACUCAGGAGGUCAAAAAUGGAGGAAAACAAACUGGAUGCCAGGAUAAGAUGACCGCAGUUCAUGAAGAAAUUAAGAAAGUGAACCAACUUCCUGCACACAGCACUUACGCAACUCAUCGUAUGCGGGUUCUCAACAAAAUCCUGCAGCUUUUAUCUGUUCAGAGGACUACAUCACAAGAUGAGGAGCUAGAGUUGCUUUUUGCAGGGCUCUCGAUUUGAAGUUCUGAACGUACUUGUGGAUUUCCUGACCAUCGGUGGGCACAAGGGUCUUUUCUUGCUAAAAAAUCUUGUGGAUGGAGGACUCAAAAGUAAGGCACAUUGGUGACAGUAUGAUGUAGCUCUCUCUCUAUGUACAAUGUACAUGUCAAUCUUGAUCAUCUUUGUUUUGGUGUAUUCUUAUUUUUCGUGUUCGAUUAGCGAAAAUAAAAAUAUGCAGGAUCGUGUACGGAAUUUCUAACAAAUACUUUUUGUUUUAUAUAAUAUACUUGUGUGUAUUUAUGCGUGCU